CUUUCGAUUUUAGGGCUCUUCGACAUUUCAUUUCUGUAUAUAUAUGUUUAGUGAUGAUCCGUGUAUCCUUUUGAAAUCACGGGAGAAUAUUGACAAUUGGAUUUUGCGGAAAUGAGUGUUAAAUACGGGAAAAUAAUAUGAGAUAGGAGAUAGAGAUUUUAAAUAAAAUAAUUUUAUAGGAAAUCUAUAAUUAUUUGGAAAAAGAGAGCAUAUAUAGGGUUAUCCACAUCCAUAUCUCAAUAUGCACCACAUACACACACAGAAUCAAACAAUUGAAAAGAAAACGUUCUGGCAUUACAACUGUUUGGUUUUGGUUGUGUCAUCUUCCUCAUUUUUUAAGGGUGUUUUUGGACCAAAACCCACCAUGAAUGCCCUCAAACUUAGUAAAACUGUAUGUUUUCAUUCAUCUUUAUUCUCUCUUGACUUGACAAAUACUUAUAUCAAGAAUCUAAAUACCAGUAUUCACCCUCGUAAAAGAACAAGAUUGACAUUGAGAGCUAGUGUUGAUGAACAAGAAGAGAGAAAGAGUUCAGAGAAACGAAGCUUUCUCACCCUAGAAGAAGCUGGUCUUGUUGAAAUGUCGGGUUUAAGCAGCCAUGAAGGGUUUUUAUGUCGAUUGACGAUAUCGUCGCUAAAUCUUUUGUGGGUGAUAGGAGAGCAAGAAGGGUGUAGUAUUGACGAACUGAACGCAGGGAAAGUGUGUGAUUGGUUUCUAAAGGACAAACUCAAAAGAGAGCAAAAUUUGGAUGCUGUUCUUCAGUGGGAUGAAUCUAAUUUUCAACUAUAAAAAGACCUUUUUUUACCCUAAAUUUCCACACAUACAAUCUAUGUAUAUAACUAGCAAUUGGAUGAUAGUUUUGUCAUUGGAGAAAUUAUUGUAGGUUGGGUUGAUUCAAAUGGAUAAAAUCUAACAAUAAUUAGUUGUGUACCCAGUUACAACUCAUAACUCAAUCGAGGGUCUAUUUGUCAUUUUCAAUAGAUCAUUGUCUGUUAUAUUUAUUUCGAUAUUAAUAAAUGUUCAGAACUUGUUUA